CACCGCCCGCCCGGCCGCGGCUGCCGCCGGCGGGGACGGGACGCGGAUCUUGGCCCCUCGCACCAUGAGCAGCGGCCCCGCCGACCGGGAGGGCGGCCCCGCCGACACCGGCCUCCCCGAGGAAGAGGUGAGGACCCUCUUUGUCAGCGGGUUGCCUCUGGACAUCAAGCCCCGGGAACUUUACCUGCUCUUCAGGCCCUUUAAGGGCUACGAAGGGUCUCUCAUCAAACUCACCUCCAAGCAGCCCGUGGGCUUUGUCAGCUUCGACAGCCGCUCGGAGGCGGAGGCGGCAAAGAACGCCCUGAACGGCAUCCGCUUCGACCCCGAGAUCCCCCAGACCCUGCGGCUGGAGUUCGCCAAGGCCAACACCAAGAUGGCCAAGAACAAGCUGGUGGGGACCCCCAACCCCAGCACCCCCCUCCCCACUGCUGUACCUCAGUUCAUCGCCCGCGAGCCCUACGAGCUCACGGUGCCUGCACUUUACCCCAGUAGCCCUGAAGUGUGGGGGCCGUACCCUCUGUACCCAGCGGAGUUAGCACCUGCUCUACCUCCUCCUGCUUUCACCUACCCCGCUUCGCUGCACGCCCAGAUGCGCUGGCUCCCUCCCUCCGAGGCUGGUUCUCAGGGCUGGAAGUCCCGCCAGUUCUGCUGAACGCCGGGUCUCAGGUGUGUGAUGGUGGCCUACACAGUCAGUCUUGUGGGUAUUAAAGGAGUCUUCCAGGGCGGCUACUGGGUUGGCGUGCUCUCCCCAAAACCACAGUGUGCUGGCUUGAAAAACCAAAACCAAAACCUCACGUUCGGAUUCCUCCAAGACUUUCCCACAGCCUCUAUCACACAUCUGCUCUCCGAGAAGAAAAGCAACAACAACCAACAACAACAACAAAGCAUACCUAGUAAUAAUAUUUUCCUCUUUUAACACUGUAUAUUUGUAAGAAAGAGUGUGUCACUUCUGAAAGCGUGGCUGGACAGGCCUUGCUGUAGCCUUUGAGAAGCCCUUUUUCAAACCACAGGAACUACAGGCUGCGAAAAAAACCACCAAACCAAACCCCAAACCAAACAAGCCACAUGAGAGCAAGUAUUUUUGUACCAAACCCCCUCGAACGGGACAAUCUUACACUGGGUCGGACCACAGGUGUGUGGUUGUUUUUUUGUUUUUUUGGGCUUGACUUUGGGAGGUGGGUCACGAGGAGGAGCCCCCACUGCACGUGGAAGGGGCGACGCUGCUGCGGGCGCUGCGACGGACCCUGCGGCUCCCCGGGAAUUGCGCCCCGGCGCUGCCGGCAAGACCUCUGCAGCCACUUCCAGGAUUACCCUUUUCUUGCCAGCUGUACCCAGUGACAACCAGGCGGGACAAUGGGAAUCUUCCUCACGGUGGUGGUGGGUUUUUUUCCCCCCCAAUCCCUCGGGGCUCCGUGACCAGCUCACCGUGCGAAGCUCCGGCGCGACGGUUCGGAUCAGGGACGGGCAGAGGCACCCGCGCGUGUAGCGAGGUGACAAUUUGCCUCCUCCUCCUCCUCCUUCUCCUCCUGCCAUGGCUGCUUGAAGUUGUUACAGGCAACGUAAACUGCUGUAUGAGAAAAAAAAACAAGCCACCAACCAACCCAACCAAGUCUGGGUUUGCCAGCUUCCUCGAGGUCGGGCGCGAGUCCUGAGCGAGCUGAGGGGCUUAGACAGGUGCCAAAGUGCUGGGACGAACCAGGGUUCCACCACCAACACUGUGCCAGCAGCUUGCUGUGGAGCAUUCCUGUACAUUCCCAUGUUUCCAUGGACAAGACAGGAGGCUGCUAAUACCCUUGGGGCAGUAUCCACAACCUUUACAGAGACAGUGUACCAGCAGUGAGACUCCUGGACAGACUAGGCUCUCCUCCUCCUUCUCGCUCUGGGAGGAAUCUGGAAAAAGAAAGAGCAAAGCAAACCUAAAUCCUCCAACAGGAUUCUGGCAACAUUUCUCCUUUCGUUGCCUUUUCCCCCUGACCCUGUCCCUGCUGCAGGGCACACCCAGCUCAGAGCUGCCUGGCCUUGGCUGGAGCUGGUUUCUCAGCUGAAGACACAGGGUGCCCCACGGCCAAAACGUCGUCCUCACCUUCUUCUUCUUCCUCUUCCCUGUUAUUCUGUGGGCGGGCGAAAAUCAGCCAGCUGAGAUUUGGGCUGGGGCAGGGGAUGAGGUGGUGCGAUGGGCACCUGGUCUGUCAGGGUCUUCUGGAAGAAGUGGGCUUGAUAAAACCCACGUGAGAAGAAAUCAGUCCUAAGACAAACCUCUGAGCAGCUGGGAAAGGAACGCUACCAGCGUUUCCAAGCGACGGACUAACUCUUUUAGCCAACUGUUUCCUGCCCUUUGUCUCGUGGAGAGGAGAGAGGCUUCCACAUUGUCUACUCUGCUUUUGGAAACGUGUUUAAAGGUACUUUUUCUAUUGUAAUUUUUUAAGAAUAAAACCAGUGAUUAUUGUAA